CGAAGGGAGCGAUGAACCAGCUCAUGUGCAUUUCCUGUGCCUCACACGUGUCUGAACCAGAUUGGAGUCAUCUAGCUGUCUGUCUCGCACCUCGACAUCUCCGUAAACAUCGCCUCUCUGCAUAGGCGACCACGGCUUCGCUCAUGGACUCUUGCAAGUGCGCACCAUGACCACUCAGCUGUUGGCGACGGAGCUUGCCAACCUCAUCCAGGAGAGCAAGCGCAAGAACACAGAUCUGCGCCAGGCCGCAGAAAAGUCGCUAGAGGAACUCAAAUCCCUCAGGGGAACUACAGAAGCCCAGAUUGCCGCCGAGCUUGCCCAGAAGGUCAACUUCGUCAACCCUCUAAUCGUCGCGUGCGGCACCAAGAAUGCCAAGUUCACAGGGAUUGCCAUCGUCUGCUUGCUGCGGCUCAUCGUGAUCAGUGCACUCCCCCGGUCCAAGCUGAACUCCAUCCUCGAAGCCCUCCGGGAGGCGACUUCGGCCGGCGUCGAUGCUCAGCUGAAGGUCUUGCAGGCUCUGCCAACACUACUGCAGAAUUAUUCGGCAGAUAUUAAGGGAGAUCUGCUUGUCACCGCGCUCAACAUCUGCUUCAUUCUGCAGACCAGCAAGAAUGGCAUCAUCAACAACACCUCGGCCGCCACCCUGCAGCAGCUGCUUGUCUCCGUAUUCGACAAGGUAGCCACUGAAGAUAAGUCUUCUGCCAAUGAAGAAUUCGUCGGCGAUGCACCUACGCAAGAUGGCGCCGUCAAUCUCCGCUCAGCAGCAAUGGAUGCUUAUCGAGUUUUCCGCGACAUUUGCCUGCUGACUGAGAACCAAAGAGCCGAGUAUAUUCGGUUCUCUGGCCUGCCGCAGACAUUCGGCCUGGAGCUGAUCGAGUCAGUCCUCACCAGCCAUGCAGCGACUUUUACCUCACACCCGGAGCAAGCCCACAUCAUACGCACCAAUGUGCUACCCCUCAUCAUUGCGGCACUCACGGGGAAGCCAAAGUUUGCCGUCUCCGUCCGUGUCGUUCGAAUACUGUACACGUUGCUAAAGUGGCACCUGGAUGUCCUCGGCUCAGAAGGAGCUGAGGCGCUUGAUAUCCUCGCUCAGGUUUUGGAUCAGGAUACGUUUCUCUGGAAGAGAGCGCUAUGCAUGGAAGUGUUUCGGGGCAUCUUUGCAGAGCCAGCAUUGCUACGACGGAUAUACUCAUUGUACGACGCGAGAGAGGGCCAGAAGAAGGUCUUGCAGAAAAUCACCGCCACUUUCGUACGUGUCAGUACCGAGAAGCCGCAGGUCAUUGGGUUAGGGAACCAGUCAACGAUACCUGCCGCAAACCCUUAUGGCAGCGACGGCUCAAGUUCAGAACAGGUCAUGAUUGAGGCAAGCAGUGUUUCUGGCAUCAUCAGCGGUUCCGUUGGCGGUGACGCCCCCAACGUUGGCAUCAGCGCGCAGUGGAGUAUGGUGCGACUGCCAUGCAUCGAUCAGCUCGACAAGAACGAAGCGCCGCCCGUACCCGAAUCGUACAUCUACGCUUUGACUUUGUCUUGCAUAACAUCGCUCUCCGAAGGCCUCGCCAAAUUCAUCUUGCCCUUGACCGUUCCUGUUGAUGGUCGCUCCAGGAAAAGAGUACCGAAACAUGACUCAGCUGGAAAGGCCUCGCCAGCACCUUCAGAUGCUCCAGGUACGCCAGACACCAAGGCCGUGGACAGGAGCGAAGUCCAUGACGGCACCCUGGAGCGCUCCGCGUCUUUCAAGCGAAAUCCGGUCCCAGUCAAUCCUCUCACACUCCAAGAUCAUCCUUUGAUCGCGGAUAUCAAGAUAUGCGCGGAAAUUAUCGACUCAUGCUGGCCGGCCAUCCUGGCGACGUGCUCGACGUUCUUGUUUUCUGCGCUCGACUCCGAAUUCUACCACGGUCUCGUUCGAGCUUUCCAGAAGUUUGCACAUGUCGCAGGACUAUUGCAGCUCUCGACUCCGAGGGACGCUUUCUUGACGACUUUGGGCAAGGCAGCCGUGCCCCCGAAUGUGUUUUCAGCAUGCUUGAAUGCAAGCGCAGCGAAGCCGCCAAGCACACUAGCGGGCGAAGCUUCAAGUAGCUUGCUCAAUAACGCCCGCGGUCUGCUGAGCGUCGAGAGCCUAGUAACUCCUGUGGGAACCGCGGGUGAGCGACAAAGGCAGUCGUCGAUGGACGCAAACAGCACAUCGCAGGCAAUCAACACCCGCAAUCUUCUCUGCUUGCGCGCGCUUCUCAACCUCGGCAUCGCGUUAGGCCCCACGCUGAAUAAGUCAUGGACCAUCGUGCUUGAGACUUUGCAGCAGGCUGACUUUGUGCUUUUCAUGACGGGCAAAUCGCCAGGGAGGGUGCCAGUAGCGCACUCCAAGGUCCCGGAUCCCCAUGCGGAGAGCGAGGCAACCAGUCUCCUUGGCAAUUUCAAGGCUGAGACUCGAUCAGUGGAGACGGCGGCGUCCAGGCUGUUUGAAAGCACCGUUGACUUUCCCAAUGACGCCUUUGUCGAGGUGGUAACUGCAGUCUGUGGCCUUUUGCAGCGCCAGUCUGACUCAGAGUCAGUUGCAGCAAGCCGACCUCAGUCACCUUUGGCGCCGCCAACCCCAGCCUUGCGCACUCCAAGCGGCCAACAUCGCAAAAUCUCAUUUGCUUCUGUUGCCCCAACAUCCGCACCGACCCAAGAGGAUCAAUUCGCGCUGGCGAAGCUGGGCGACCUAGCGAUCAUCAAUGUCGAGAGACUACUCAGCUACCCGCCCAAUGUCUCUGGGUGGAACAAAAUGACAAGCGAGUUGAGUAUCACCCUGACGGCUGUAGAUGUUGCACCAGUCAUCAGGACGCGAGCUGCCGACAUCAUCAUUCGCAUUGUCUUGGACGCGGCCAAGGCUGCAAACAGUCUCAGCGACAACAGCCGCGGGGCUGUUCAGCUGCGACUCUUAGAAGCAGUACAAAAUGCCCUCUCGCCGCUGCAAGAUGAGGAGAGGCAAACGUCUGUCGCCGAGCACCUGACUGACGUCGAGAUCCAUAAAAUCAUACUUGAUGGACUGAAGGAUCUCAUUGAGGACUGUGGCGACACCCUCGUUCAAGGCUGGGAAACGUGCUUCAAGAUCAUCGACAGCAUCUUCGUGCAGGAACGUGCUGUCGCCGACGUCGAGCCGCGAAACCCGACCGCGCCGCAAAUCCGGCUGGUGACCCGUUCGAACCGGCUGAUACGUCCCGCGUUCAGCUCACUUCAGCUCAUCUGCUCCGACUUCCUUAGCUCUCUCCCGAACUCAUGCUUCCUCAUCCUGGUCGACACACUGUACAAGUUUUGCUCUCAAGAGGAUGAUCUCAACAUUGCCCUGACCACGAUCACCUUCUUCUGGGUCCUAUCCGAUUUUCUCUCAAACAAAAACACGUCCUUGCCUAUCUCGAAUGACCUGGUCGGUAUUUCUGAGGCAGACCUUGUGAAGAAGGCGUCCCUGGCCAACAACGGCUCUUCCGACGCAGCACUGUGGAUGCUGCUGCUCCUACGGUUGACGGCUGUCACUGCAGACGAGAGGAUUGAACUUCGUAACAGUGCAAUACAAACUCUGCUGCGGGUUCUUGACGCCUAUGGUGACAAGCUCAGUCCUGAAGCGUGGUCCGUGUGUAUCAAGUCUGUUGUUUUUAAGCUCUUUUCAUCCAUCGAAGAAGAGCUCCGCACAGCUGCGACCAUUGAGAGUGACGACAAGUACCGACAAGACUGGUAUGAGACGGCAGUCGUGAUUCUAGAUGGAAUCUCCGGGCUGCUCUCGAACUACCUGGACACACUGAUUGAGCACCCCACUUUCAACACCUACUGGCAGGAGCUGCUUGGGCAUUUUGAGUCCAUGCUUGACUUCCACGUCAUGGAAAUCAACACUGCCACAUUCAAGGCUUUGACACAGAUCCUGUCACAAUGUCAAAGCGGUUCCGAGAAGAAUUUUGACGCGACAACAAUCGACCUGGCUUGGCAGUUGUGGUCACGCGGCGUUCCCAUCUCGCAGCAGAGGAAUCCCGAAAAGCUCACGGACAAUCAGAAGUGCCUCAUCGCGUAUGUGGCGGCGCUCCGUGAUGUGUACCGUCUCAUUGAGACCAGCGUCACCGUAGAGCAGGUUACACGUAUGCUCUCGCUCCUCGAGGAAGCUAUGCAAGCUGCCGUACCUGAAGCCUUCGUCAGCGACAUAGACUACAUGACACCACUGCAAGGACAGGUCCUGGAUGUCCUCAAGAUGAUCCGAACCGACAUUCCAGGCACCCCAUCUGCUCUGAUCAAGCAAGCAUCAAGUUUCGUCUCGCUGGCGUACACAAGACCGCGAAAAUCUGAAGCCACGAAUCCAAACAAGAAGCGAACCUUUGUCGCCAUGUCAAAAGCAUGCAUGGCCAUGCUUAAGGACCUGAUCCUUCCACGCACGACUGAUGUCGAUAUCUAUGACAGUGGAGCAUACGUCGCCGCUCUGGAGGCUUUGUCACUGCCUAUCGUCCUCAAAUACAGCUUCCCCAUUCUCACGAAGUCUGCCCAACCCUGGCAAGAGGCAACAACUUCAGUGCUGGCCAUCCUUGAGGCAACUGUGCCGCAGUUCCCAUCUCUGGCAAUACCUUCAGCUACGUUGCCAGAGAUUUGGGACAUGAUAGUCGUCAUCACUAAUAGUGUGACAAAUGCAGACUGUGAGAUGCAGUCCGGGCCUAACAGUCUUGCCGCCGACGAAGCCUUUGAUAUUGAAUCCUUGAAGCGGCUCCUUGAUCUCAUCAUCCCUGCUUUGGGAGGAGAGGUCGUUCCCGAAAGGACGCGCCAGCUUUUUGCUGAGAACUUGUUCCAGACCUCCAUUGUGCACCCACCGUCACCCGGGGAACGUGACAUGAUUUAUGGUGGGAUCGGCGCGAGCAGCCUUGCCAGCCUCUACCAGCCACGGCCGGGGCUGACGAUUGACGCCGAGCCGUCGAGGCGGAGCAAGAUGGGCUAUGCCUGCCUGGACCAGCUAUUCACUCUCAUCUCUAGUGGCGACGAGUCCGAAACAUCAGAAUCCUAUGUCCGGUUGGCACGUGCUACUGCACCGUACACGAUCCUGAGAUCUGGCUUGGUACUACGCGCCUUCAUUGCAGAUCACCCCCUGAGGGGCAGGAUGCCACAGCCAUUGAGCCAGCGCAAGGAGCUCUACCACGUACUGGAGAAGCUAGUUGGACUGCGCAGCGAGCCUGCUGCCAUACCCGAUAUUGCAAACGUCGAUAACGAGAAGAGGAAACAUCUCUUUCGGCUGUAUCCGCUGUUGAGCAAAGCACAGGCCGUUGCGGCGCGGGGAGGCGACAUGACUGCGGUUGGGCUGCUGGCCAAGGCUGCUGAUGUCAUUGGGGACGAGCUAGGAUUAAUGUAGCGAGGUUUUUACACGGACAUUGAGGGCCAUGAUGUUUUAGCCAGCAUGCAAUAGAUUUGUUUAUAUGCCACUGA